AUGCAUCCUAAACACUUUGCACCUUACCAGUCUGCAUCGGAUUUCCCAAGUAAGAAGAGAAAAGGGUUUGAGAAGGCCCUGAAAGAAAUUGAAAUGGAUAGGUAUAUAUUGAUUUCCUGUUUGUUUUUGGACCAGGAACCGGUCCCCAAACGCUGCUUCACACUGGUUUUAUUGCUAGUUCAAAAGAAUAGCUUCAACUGACAUAGCUUCGACUGAAAAAUCUCAAUGGUUUUUAUAAAAAGACUAUAUGAUAACCGGUUAUACGGUAAUAAUGUGUCACCGGUAGUGUGUCACAGUGUUGUGUAUUGAAUGUCUGGACUUUCAGACGCAGAUUAGGACGACCCAAGCAAAUCAGCUUCAAAUCAAAAAGGCUUCAAAUUCUUUCGUGACAUCAACUUUUUUCAGGAAAGAAUAUGAGGAAAGAAGGAAAACUGAGGAAGUAGAAAACUCUCCUGAGAAACUCAAACAGGUACAUUUUCCUAUAUGCAUACCUUGAACUUUUUUUAUAUUCAUGGUGAAGAGCACGAUUGCAAGGGAAACUAUUUGUCUUGUCCUGAACGGUCGGUGUAUCGGGAACAGGCUCCCAGCCUCCCACUCGGUAUUACCAAGGCCGGUGAGAGGGCAGAAUGGCCAAGAGAGCUCGUGAGGCCCGGUGGAAAAGCUGUUUUGGAUCCUCAACCCACACAUAGGACCACUACCCUUAAGUUUUUUUUAUUUCCAACCUUUUCAUGCUACAUUUAUAGGAUAUUUAUAGCCCUCCGCAUCCUCCUUUUCUAUCGGAAAACUACAAGUAUUUUGCGUAAUAAUAUUUUAGACCGAGAACGCCUCUGUCAAUCCUCUCAUGGUGCUAAAUGAUUCUAUGGCCUCUCUUGAGAUGUGAGUAUAAAUUUAAGAUUUUGAAAUUAUGCGGCGUUACCAUGGUGACUAUGAUCGGAAAAUGGCGUCCAUAAGGACGGCUCCCAUAUUUAUCUACAGAAAUAGGAUUGCUCUGAUAAAAAUAUCACCAUUGGAUUGAGUGAUUUAAUGAAGAAAUAAAUCAAAAUUUUAUGUACAACACUUUUUAAAAUGAUUAAGUGUCGUCCUAACAUAAUAAUGAAUUACAUGAAUUGAUUACAUAUAAGGUAUAAGAGUACGUCUCGAUCACCUUCAUUCCCUCGCGUCAGCAAAGCGUGUGCAAAAGCAAAUCCUUCCGUCCUUGGUUUUCCUCCAUCGACUGGUUUUUAAAUUAAAAUCUUUUUAUGCAGUCAAAUUUCUUUCCUCUUUGUAAUUUAUUUGAUUUUUUAGUCUGUAACCAGCAUACUUAUUUAGGGUACAUGUAUUAGAGCAAUUCUGUAUAGUUGCUAAAGAUUUCAUGUAUUUAGAGAGUUUUAGUCCAUAUUCUGCAGUUUUCUGACAUCAGGUUUUUUCAGGAACGGAUGGGACGACGAAAUUGAAGAAAACCAGGUAUUUCCGAUUUUUACAGCUUGUUGUCGGUUAGUUAAGAAUGUGAAACCUUCCAUAAUUUUAGCCAAGGUCCAAGUAAGCGAGAUAAAGGUACCGAGAGGGGAGUCGAGAUAAACUUAUGGCUGAUUUCCAGUUACUUACAGUUAAGUUUUCCACGUACGUGCACGCACGUAUUUGAUGAAGAGAAUUUAGCAUUCCGCACCCACCGGACGAAAAAAUAGAUUUGCUCCAACUUUGCAACCCCCUGCAAAGGUGCCAUUGCCGUAAUCGCAUCAAAUUUGCUAUUGUGCAAAUUUUGUUCAAAUUUGGAAAGCAAAUUGGUAAAUAAAUUUUUACCCUCAUAUUGGUAAAUACAAUUCUCUUUUUUGAGAAGGAAUGGGCAUAGGAUAAAUUUGGCUCAAAUUACCUUUCAUUUGCACAAGUGAAUUUGUGGGCAUUUUCGUCCAUAAUUUGGUUUCUAAAUUUGCCAAAAUAUUUGCAACCUUGCAAAUUUGAUGCGAUUACGGCAAUGGCACCUUUGCACCGGGUUGCAAAGCCUAGUGCAAAUCUGUUUUUUCGCCCUGUGACCUUUUAGCAUGCUUUAACAGUUCUAUGUGUUAAAUAGGAGUUACUGAGAAGAGUUUAAACUUUUACGUGUGUGCACGUGAAAAACGCGUAACUGGAAAUCAGCCAUUAAUCCGGUCACAAAAACCUCUUUUUGGAAUAAAAUUAAUUUCUCGUCAGCUUAGUCAAUCAGAAUGACUUUUGUUCGUGGUAUUCCCCACGUUUUGUAAAGAAAGUUUUUGAACAAGUAAGUUAUUUAUAACUUACAAACUUUACCAUUUUACCAUGUCCAGCUUUGAGGAAGAUCAAAUAUUAUCAACUGCAACUGACAAUGUUAUCUGACAUAUAUUAAGUACAAGUAUAUAGGAAAGUCAAAGUUAUGUUAUAGAUAAAGUUACGUCAGAAGGCUAGAAGCGCUCAAUGAAUUAUGGUCUUUGUGGUCACGCAGAGAGAAAUCAUUCCAACAUGGCUUCUAUCGAAAGAUGCUGUUAUGAGGUUGUCAAAUCACUUUUAGAGGCCAUUCAAACCAACAAGACUCCAGUUAUUCUAAGAACGUUUGGACGAGCCUUUUUGGUUGUAUACCUGUCAAAGGCAGUGCGGUGGCGUACUUUCUUCGCCAAAUUUUACGAGUCGAAGUGGGGGUGCUGUAUUCUCGCGACUACCUGUAGUGUCGGACACUUGAUUCUUGAUUCUGACAAGUGUGGUUGGAUAAAAUCCUUGGAGAAACUCCUAAAUGUUGGAAUAUAAUCUCGUGAAAAAUAGCCAAACAAUGCCUGAUAAUGUAGCUCCAAUCAAGCUCAUCAAAACCUGAAAAAAGGAUAUAAUCUUUAUAGAUUGUGGAUACAAGUUUAUGUUAAAGCCGGUACUCUUCUACAAAUGUACAAUCCUGUGAAAUCCUGUGUUAAUGCUUCGACGACGAGCGUUAGUUAUCCUGUUUAUGUUCAUUUAACCCAACUACCAAGUGGAAUAUUCCAAAUGUUUUUGUACGCUAUCGACAGUAAAGGCAAGAGACUCUUUUGCCAUCUUGCAGAAACAAAUGGCGUACGAGAUUGACAUCAUUGUUUCAAUGCCGAUGAGCUUUUGGAGCCACAUCAGGCAUUGUUUUAUUUGUUUGUCUAUUUUUCACGAGAUUAUAUUCCAAAAUUUCAUGAAUAAACGCUGGAGGUUUCUCCAAGUAUUUUAUCCUAUCACUCUUGUCAGAUUAAAGACUAUUUGCACUAGUGUUCGACACUAGAGACUAUAGCGAGAAUACAGCACCCCCACUUCGCCUCGUAAAUUUCGGCGAAGAAACCACUCCACUGCAGUGACUUUGACAGUUAUACAACCGAAAAGGACUCGAGCACGAAUUCUUAGAAGAACUGGAGUCUUAGUUGGUUUGAAUAGCCUGUAAAAGACAUUUACAACCUGAAAGGAGAUCUUUCGAUACAAGCCAUUUUGAAAUUAUUUCUCUCAGCGUGACCACAAAGACCAUAAUUCACUGCGCGCGUCCGGCCUUCUGACGCCAUUAAGCAUAAGGUCUAUUAAACUGCUUUUUGAAAAGCCUUAUUAAUACAUAUACAGAUUUGGCUUACAGUAAGGGUCAAAGCAAAAUUUGAGGCAUUUCACUUUGCCCUGCUACUAGGGAGGUGGUCCACUAGGCAGGUGGUCCAACCCAGGUAGUCCAAGCUACCGCCUCAGGGCGUCUUGUUUUUUUUAAUAAAUCUAUCGGCGAUGUUCUAGGAUGUUCUUUUAUGCAAAGACCACUGAUAGACAUCGCCGAUUAAUUACGAUGAAAACCAGGCUUAACAAAAUUGUUUUCUGUUCAGGACCUUUCAAGAGAACCAGACGUAGACAAGUUGGCGUCGCGUGUGCAGGAGGUUCGCCAGGAAACUGACGGGGAGACAGACGAAGAUGAGGAUCGAGAUAAGGAUGGAGAGGAUGGGGAGACAGACGGAGAUGAGGAUGGGGAUGGAGAUGUGGGUAGAGAUCAGGAUGGGGUGAAAGGUGGAGAUGAGGAUCGAGAUAAGGAUGGAGAGGAUGGGGAGACAGACGGAGAUGAGGAUGGGGGUGGAGAUGUGGGUAGAGAUCAGGAUGGGGUGAAAGAUGGAGAUGAGGACGAAGUGGAUGGGGGGGAACACGUUUUUCUGCAGUUGUUGGUCAACGCCUAUGGUAAAAACCAAAUUCGCGGGCAGUAUCAAGGAGCAUUUAAAGGAAAAUUUAAAGGGAAGACAAUGGAAGAAUUGUCGUGGCGAGGUAUCAUUCGCUUGUGGUACCAAAAAAACGGAACGAUGGUGUGCGAAUGCGACGGAAAGAAAGCAAAGAACACGGACUGGGCGAUGAUAAGACAUAUUGAAAGAACUGCGCACGAUUUACAAACCGGCAUACCGUUUGUGUUCGUCAAACCAUAG